AUGGGCGAGUGGGAGGAGCUGGAGGAGGAGCUCGGCAUCUCCUUUACAGUGCAGGAGAUCUGCCGCAUACUGUUGCCCAUACCACCGCCUCAGACCCCCUGCUCCACCACGCUGCUCCGGCUCACGCUACUCCAUCGCUGCUGCGCCGAGGCUGAGCUGGUUGUGGGUAACGCAACCACGCGCCAGCGAGUGCUCGCGGCAGUGUGCACACGAGCGUGGACCGCUGCCUGCAUGGACAGCCUGAUGGCCCACUUGGCCUCGGCGGACCAGUGGGUGGCCCUGGCGGCCAGGCGAGCGCUACAGGCCCUGUUUCUCUGUUCGUCCCCGGAAUACGCCCUGGGUCCCUCGCACGACGGUGGCAACGACUACUCGCAGACCCUGCGCUCCCACUACCGCCGCCUCUUCCAGGCCCGACCAGCAACCAUGGUCGAUGGCGACGACACUUCACCACCGAAGGGAGCCAUGGCGGUGCUCAAGCUGACCACGGAGAUCCUGCGAACUUGGCGCCGGCAACACGAACAGGCCACCACCGGCGAUUCAGCGGACCGCCUCACAUCGCGGCCGCCGCGCCAUGCCGUGGGGCGUGAGCUCUUGUCGUGCCUGUGCGAGUCCAUGAGCGCGCUAACCAUCGGCGUAUCACAGUCGGUGGACGGACUCGACGCUCUGUGCAAGCUGUUGGUGGAAGCGCUGAAAAGCGCGCGAGUGGAGCCGGCCGAGGCCGAGACUGAGCGCGAGAUUGCCCUCAUGGAGAGUACCACUAAGCUGCUCGUGGGCCACAUGCGGGAACGGAUUCAAAUGGAUCGCGACAGUGGCCUGCGAGCCAGCUCAUCGCUGAUGCGGCUGCUCACCCACCUCUUCGACACCGACCUCUCUUCCUCCCCGCCGAUGAUGACCAACCAGCUGGUGAUGGCAUGCAUGGGUGUCUUGAGCUCCGUUAUGCCAGUGGAGCGUGCUGCAGCGCGGGACCGAGCGAGACCAACCCGGCUGUCAGCAGGUGAUGCGGAAGAUGCCGGCCUUGUCGCAUCGAUCCGGGCGCAACUCGCACCACGCACGCCCGGCAUCGAGCGCAUUCCCCUCCUGCCGGCGCUGCACUCGACAUUCCUGGCCUUCGACGAGGUGACGCAGGAGCAGCUGACGGUCAUACGUCGCCGCGCGGUACUCCUGCUGACCCGCGUGUGUGCCGCCUUCGCGCGGCAAUUCUCUACACCCGACGGUGUCGAGCCCGCGGUGAAGCUUCCGGCCGCCACUCCACCGUCGCCGCCUCCGCCCACAAGCGACACGUUGGAGGGCACGAGAAAGAGGAAAGCACCAUCAUCACCAGACACGCCGGCGAGUGGAACUGACGAUUCCCACGACAAGCAACGACGACGGACAACAGACGCGACGCGCUCGGAGGGAGAUCACCCACAAGCUGUGGGUGUCAACGCGCUGAAAGCGAGUUUGGCCGAGUUUCUGCGCGCCCAGAUGGGCGAGAUGCCCCGAGGUGGAAUGACGAGUGCCUUUUUCGAGUUGAUGUCGUCACAGGACGACACCAUGAUAGAGGCCAUGCACCACCUCCUCACCAUCCACGAGACCGUAGCCCAGAACCCGGCGUACGUCAACCGCGCAUGGCUCUGGGAUGAGGUGCACCCGGAGGCGUUGGAGUUGCUUCUGGCGCAGCUCUCGCCUCACGCUGUGUUCAUCGGCUUCCUGCAGGUGGUGGGCUUCGACCACCUGUUCCUCCUGGACCUCCUCAUUGGCAAUGAGACCUCGUUCCUCGCCUACCUCUGCCAGUACCUCCGCCAUCUCACCAGCCACCGCCACGCCUUCGUCGCGACCUGUUUCCGUAUUGCCGCAGAGGAGGAAGAUGAUGACGAUGACGACGGUGACAGUGAAGGCGAAGAAGGAAUGGAGGGUAGGGUCCACGGUGUCUUGCGCCGUCUGCACGACACGAUCGAGAGGCUGGAUCGGAAGGGACUGUUCCCCUACCGAGCCAAGCCGCUCCUCACCCUUCUCCUCCAGGCCAUGGCUCCUCCAGCAAAAGUGUAA